CGGGCGAAGAUGGACGCGCUGCGAUUGGACGCGGACGCGAUUUGGGCGCGGGAGCGAGCGAGGCCGGAGAUUUCGGCGCCUUGGAUACUGAAGGUGCCGUACGUGGCGCUGUGCGUGAUGUUGGAUAAAUUGUUCGACGAGACGCAGCCGGUGCAACGGUUUUGGUUUCUUGAAACCGUCGCGAGGAUGCCGUACUUUAGUUACACGUCCAUGCUGACGUUUUAUGAAAUCUUGGGAUGGUGGCGACGAAGCUCGGAGCUUCGUAAAGUGCACUUCGCGGAGGAAUGGAACGAGUAUCAUCAUCUGCUCGUCAUGGAGUCGCUCGGCGGCGACGCGUGUUGGCGGGAUCGUUUUUUGGGCCAGCACGCCGCCAUCGUGUAUUACUUCGUGCUCGUCGCGCUGUGGCUCAUAUCUCCGGCGUUGGCGUAUAACUUCUCAGAGCUCAUCGAGGGACACGCCGUGGACACGUACGGGCAAUUCGUCGAUCAAAACGCCGAGCUCCUGAAGAGCAUGCCCGCGCCGAGAAUCGCCGUCGAAUAUUACGAAGCCGCCGAUUUGUACCUUUUCGACGAGUUCCAAACCGCGAGAGAGGUGCGCUUGAGACGUCCGCAAAUCAGAUCGCUGUUCGACGUCUUUAGCAACAUUCGCGACGACGAGGGCGAGCACGUGAACACCAUGAACGCGUGUCAACGCGAAGAUUCCGACAUUAGCUCUCCCAAC